GUAGCCCCAGUGUCACCUGUCCGUGUCCAUCAGUGCCAGCUGUCAGUGCUCAUCCAUGCCACCUGCCAGUGCCACAUUUCAGUGCCACCUUUCAGUGCCACCUAUCAGUGCCGCCUAUCAGUGUGCAUCAGUACCGCCUAUCAGUGUGCAUCAGUGCCACUUAACAGUGCCAGUCAGUGCCACGUAACAGUGCCAGUCAGUGCCGCCUAUCAGUGCCAUAUAUGAGUGCUGCCUUUCAGUGCCCAUCAGUGAUGCCUGUCAAUGCCCAUCAGUGCCACCUACCAGUGCCUCCUCAUCAGUGUCCAUCAGUGCAGGCUAUCAGUGCCCAUCAGUGCAGCCUCAUUAGCGCACAUCAGUG